GCGCCGGGAGGGGAGCAGGAUGCCGGUGCUCAGCACGUCGCCUUUCCUCAAGCCCGCUCGCUUGCGGUGCCCCCAAAACUCGCCCGGGCGCCAGCGACGCCACACGCUGCCCGCCAGCGAGUUCCGCUGCCUCAGCCCCGAGGAUGCCAUCAGCGUGUUCGAGAUCGAGAGAGAAGCCUUCAUCUCCGUGUCCGGGGACUGCCCGCUCCACCUGGAUGAGAUCCGCCACUUCCUGACGCUGUGCCCGGAGCUCUCCCUCGGCUGGUUCGAGGAAGGGCGGCUGGUGGCCUUCAUCAUCGGCUCCCUCUGGGACCAGGACAGGCUCAGCCAGGCGGCGCUGACCCUGCACAAGCCGCGGGGCACGGCGGUGCACAUCCACGUGCUGGCCGUGCACCGCACCUUCCGGCAGCAGGGCAAGGGCUCCAUCCUGAUGUGGCGCUACCUGCAGUACCUGCGGUGCCUGCCCUUCGCCCGGCGCGCCGUGCUCAUGUGCGAAGACUUCCUGGUGCCCUUCUACGAGAAGUGCGGCUUCAAGGCGCUGGGGCCCUGCCAGGUGACGGUGGGCGCGCUGGCCUUCACCGAGAUGCAGCACGCCGUGCGGGGCCAUGCCUUCAUGCGCAGGAACAGCGGCUGCUGAGCCCCCCCGCUCCAGCCCCAGCCCCACCGGGGGAGGCUGGAGGGAGGCAGAGGGGAUAAAAGGCCGCGAGCCCUCUCCGUUUUUCCCCUCACACAUGCACGU